AUGAAUUACAUGAAACGAUUGGAACAGGAUGACUUGCCUCGUGUAAAAACAGAAAUUGAUGCCAUGAAGAACUUAAGUCACCAGCACAUUUGCAAGUUGUACCAUGUCAUAGAGACAUCCAAGAAAAUAUUCAUGGUCUUAGAGUACUGUCCUGGAGGAGAGCUGUUUGAUUACAUCGUUUCUAAGGACCGCCUUUCAGAAGAGGAAGCUCGUGUAUUUUUCCGGCAGAUUGUUUCAGCAGUUGCUUAUGUUCACAGUCAGGGAUAUGCCCACAGGGAUCUCAAACCAGAAAAUCUGCUGAUUGAUGAGGAACAUAAUUUGAAGCUGAUAGACUUUGGACUUUGUGCAAAGCCAAAGGGUGGCCUUGAUUACCAUCUGAACACAUGCUGUGGAAGCCCAGCUUAUGCAGCACCAGAGCUGAUUCAGGGAAAAGCAUAUAUUGGCUCAGAGGCAGAUAUUUGGAGCAUGGGAGUACUGCUGUAUGCUCUGCUGUGUGGCUUUCUCCCCUUUGAUGAUGACAAUGUCAUGGCUGUCUACAGGAAGAUAAUGAGAGGAAAAUAUGUUACUCCAAAGUGGCUCUCUCCUAGCAGUACGCUACUGCUUAACCAAAUGCUGCAGGUGGACCCAAAGAAGCGGAUUAUGGUUAAACAUCUGUUAAGUCACCCUUGGCUCAUGCAAGGUUAUUCUGAUGCUGUUCAGUGGCAAAGUAAAUACCCACUAGGACAUCUUGAUGAAGACUGCGUAACAGAGCUUUCUGUGUUUCAUAACCAGAGCAGAGAGAGUAUAUUGGAAUUAAUAUCAGAGUGGAAGUAUGACCAAAUGUCAGCAACAUAUCUCUUGCUUCAAUCUAAGAAGGCUCGUGGCAAGCGUAUUCGCUUAAGGGUUCCAUGUCGAACAAGGCAUGCCAGUACAACACCAUCAGCAGGCCUUGAG